CAAAUUAACACCAGCACCAAACUCGGACAGCGUGACUGAGUUUCUCCCCCUUCGCUGUUGCUCCGCUCUGCCUCUCUUCUCUCUCCUGAGCCAUCUUCCCGGUCGGUCUGCGGGUCUCCACACUUGCGCGUCGCCGCCGCUGCUCCACUUCUGACCGACUUCUGGCUGCUCCGCACAGCCGGAGACCGACCGACCGAGCGACCGAGCAGCAGCAGCUCUGCUCGCCGCUGUGGCACCGGAGAAACCGACAGCAGCGCCGCGGGAGGCGACAGAUUCACAUCGAGCCUUUUUCUGCAACGAGCACGGACUGAUCGGAGGGACGGAGACAUCUGCCAUGCCAGAUCUGCACGGAGGAGGAAAUCUUGAUAAGUACGAGCCAGGUUUUUUUUUUCUCCUCUCUCUCUUUUUCUCUCCUACAAACUGCUCGGUGUGGCAGCAGCGAUGACUUUGCCCUCUCUCCGCCUCUCCAUGAGCCUUCCUCCGGAGCCUGACUGUACACAAACAGCCGGACUGUGAGACUUUUAUCGGCUCAUCAACGACAAUAAAAGAGACUUUAUUGGGCAUCGACGGCGCUUCUGCUUGAGGGGGGAAAAAACACAUUAUUUGCUUUUAAAUCAAGCCAAGAAGAUCGAGCCCAAGUGCAAGACGAAUGGUUUGGGCAUGGUGCCCACGCCCCAGGUGUGCGUAUCAACCCUGGUGACGGUGAGCACGAUGGCAGUGGUGGACCUCUACUUGCUGGAGCAGAGCAUGCUGGGAGUGCGUGGUCUGUCAGGACCUAGUGUGUGGCAAUGUGCGGCGGUGUUGCUAGGUGAUGUGGGCUUCCUGCUCGCGCUGCGCUUCGUCUCGGCUGGCGUGGUGUCAGAGGCGCGGUCGCCACGUCGUGGUUUUGCCAACGCCCUCUGGUUCCUGUUCCUGUCCCUGCUCCAGCUCAAGCUCUUCUUUGUCUGCCACAACUACAGGCAGGAGCGCCGGCCGCCCGACCCGCUGGCCAGAAAGACCCUGACGCUGCUGCUGUCCAUCUGCCUGCCCUCCCUCUUCCUCAUCCUGUCGGGAGCUGACCACAUGACCCCACAGCGCAGGAAGCAGGAGGUGCGGGGCCGGCUCCUCUGGGUGGUGGUUGACCUGCUGGACGUGCUGGACCUGCAGGCAGGGUUGUGGGAAGCCCAAGGAGGGUCCACGGCGGGGACUGCAGGGGCCACUGAGCAGAGGCUGCCCAUCUGGGCUGAGGGCUUGGUCUUCUUCUACUGCUACGCCCUCCUGCUGCUGCUGCCAUGCGUGGCCCUCACAGAGCUGGGGGCCACCGGCCUGCCAGGACAGAGAGGACCCCGUAAGGAGGCUUUGUACCCUUGGCUCAGCUUGGUCACCAUCAAUAUCUUCACCCUGGCCCUGCGGGGCACAGGCAUGCUGUGGUACAGGGACCCCCGUGUGUCCACUGUGUUUCUGGGGAAGAACCUGCUGGCUCUGGCUGUGAAGCUGAGCUCAGCCUGGGAGAGACACAAGCAGGAACGUGGUGCUGCAGGAGCCGAGACUGUGGCUGGAGCAGAACCAGGAGACUCUACCUUGCCAAGUCAGAGUUCAGAGCAGGGAGAGGGCCAGGCCCAGGGGAAAGCUCCCCCCUCUCAUUAUCACACACUGUCUCGAUCUCAAAGCCACACUCUUUCCCAUGUCAGCCUGGAGCCCACAGCGGCGCCCUUAGGACCCUCUUUCAUCUCCCACGAACUCUAGAGAAUCACCAUGAACAUGCGCGCGUGCACAAAUGCAUGCACGCACACUCAAACUCAAAAUUUAGACCAGCCAAGCCAGUAUCACAUCCAAGCAGAUAAUUUGUAUUGAAUUUCAGUACAACGGCGAUGGGUAUAAUGCAGAGCUGUGGAAAUGCAUUUGGCAAGCUUGGCUAUCUGCACAUUUUCUUGUGCUAGGAAUAACAGAAAAUGCAUUGCUGUGAUUUAUGGGAGUGUAUUGUCUAAGUCAACACUGUGAACGCAUCUGUCAGAGUGUACAGACAAUUCCACAAAUGUAUGUUGAAGUCUAGUGUUCAUUGUUGUUUAAUCUGGGCUUAACUGCCUUACCUGUCGCCUGCCUGUUUUAUUCUGUCCUUGUAGUUUGACUUCUUGCUAAUCAUCAUCUGUGUAGAAGUGAGGAACACAAAUUUAAGUUAAAAUUCAUGUUGUUUUUUUGUAGAAAUAUUAGAUCAACACUCAUCUACCCUUAGAUGCCAAAAUACAGUCUGUGACCUUUCAGUGUACAUUUUCUCUGUCACUCUGCAGAGAACUUUCAGAGAAAACUUUAAUAUAGAGGAGUGAUGAUUCAUUUUUCCCUCACCAACACAGAGCACAGAUUCUAAAUCCAUCUACAAGUCAAAUUCAACACUCUACACUGUGCUUCAGUAUUUUAAUGUAGAGUCCAACCCAGUGACCCUGAGAAUGGAAGUCUUCUCACAACCCCAAGUUGUGUUCCCCUGUUGGAUUUAUUUAGAUGCCUCAGGAGGUAAAAUAUAGAGUUUUCCACAAUAUAAAAAUGCAAAGGUUAAAUAGAUAUAAAAACUUAGUGUGAAUUAAAGAUGUUUAUACCACAUAUCAUAUCUUUUUAUUAAUCCCAUGACCUUCCCAGAUAUAUGCUGGGACUUUGCCCAGAGGUUGUGAACCUCUCAUGCCAUCAUGGUGCCAGAUUUUCAUUCCAUCCAAAUGGAACACUGAUAUUCAUAUUAGUCCCUCUUGUCUGGCAGAAAAUGUCUCGAUCCUAAAGCCACACUCUCCCCCAUAUCAGCCUGGAGCCCACAGCGACGGCCGCCCUCAGGACCUUCUUUCAUCUCCAAUGAACUCUAGAUAUUCAUUCUGAACAUGAAACAUGCACAAAUACGUGUGCAAGGAAUCAGUCACUGUGUUGUUUGGUUGGUGUGAAAACCUGCAGACUCAUAGCCCUCAAGGCCGAUCGUUCCUUUUAGGCUGUGUUGAGGUCGUACAGCAUCUAUUAUGUGACUUAAAUGCAGGGUUUGAACAUCAGUCACUCAGAUAUAACUGUGCUUUAGUAACGGAGAUGUAUAAUGCACCUUCAAGUACAUUUCAACAUUUGUUGUUGAUGUUAAAAUCAUCCUGCAGCAAUUUUAACACAACAAAAUGUGCAAAUCUCAAGAUGCCAACUUUGAAAGACUCUAUUUGCAUUAAUACAAUCUUGCACUGAUAGGGACAAUGACGGGCAAUAAGCAUUUCACAUCAUCUUUAUGCUGUUGUAACUCAAACCGCAGUACAGGUCUAUUUUACUACAGUGUUUACAAAGACUGAAUACCAAUGUAAGUAAUCCCUUUACAGUUUCGAAAACUUAAUGUUUUGUUGUCAUCUGUACUUGUCUGUCUCAAUGUCACUGUUAUUUUCAAAAAGAAGAAGAACAAGAAAACUGUCCAGCUGCCUGUUCUACCCUCCAAUCCCCUUUUUCAUUCUAAUCAAAGAGUUAACUUUUUAAUUCCAUUUGAAUUAUGGAUGGAGCCUUUCAUUGGGUUGUCAGAUGUUGGGUCUCAUGGGAUUAUGGGUCAGAGCAGCAGGUGUAGAGGAUGUACAGUACUGUCAAGUGCCUUGUUUCACACAUGAAGCCUCUGGGUCAUUGUGAGGCGUACACAUCAUGUGUACCAUGUGGAACUUGGACAUAUGCCAUGUGUAUACUGUGAAGUUAUUCCACAGCUGUUGUCAGCUACAUCUCCAGGACAGAGUACAGACUAAUAAAGUAUUUCAUACUC